GAUUGGAGGAGAUCUGCUUCACGGCCUAGUAAAUUAUUAGCUUAGCUUAGCGGAGUAUCCGAUCCAACUGACCAUCAGUCGUGUCUUUAAGCGAAAGGGGGACGGACGGACGGUGCGGAUCGCGCGUCGUCACGUCUACUGUAUCCGUCCGCGUGCGCGUACGCAGUGGCAGUGCUACAUGUACUCUACUACAUGCGACGCAGCUGAGCUCGGUAGCUUCUUCGUCGCUGGCUUCAUAACUUCGUAACUCGGGGGUCGGGAGCGAGGGGAGCGAGCCACCAUAUGCCACUGUGAGCUGCCUGCGCCUCUGCGAUAUAAGGCCGGCCGGCCACCGUCCAAGAUCACUGUGGGAAGCUGCGAGUGACCGGGAGCGACAGGGAUGAGCCACGGCGUCGCGGCGAGGAAGCGGUUCGGCGGCGUCGGCUUCGCGCUCGGCUGCGGCUGCAAGGACCCCAAGGCCGUGGCGGUCGCGGUGGCCGCCUCGUCGCCGCGCUCCGGCACGGAGGCGUCCACGGCGACCACGGCCACGUCGCGGAGGGCCAGCAGGACGCACCCGUCGGUGUCCACGUCCACCGGCACGCUCACCGUGCCCUCCGCCUCCUCCUCCUUCCUCUGGGAGGACGCCGACGCCGACGCCGACGAGGUCGAGUGCAAGCGGGCGAGCUCCGCGACCACGCCCAGCUUCUCCGGCCUGCUGCGCGAGCUCAGCGAGCUCGAGCGGAGCAUCAAGUCGUGCGCGCGGACCAAGAGCCCCCCAAGAAAACACUUCUCGCCACCGCCGCCGCCCCCUCCUCCUCCACCGCCGCCCCCGCCGUUGCCGUCGCGGCCCGUGCAGCGUCGAGCUGUGCGCAGCGACGACAAGCCCAGCAUCCAAGAGGGCCACGGGGACUUCUCGCCGCCGCGGCCGCGCCCGCUCCCGCCGCCGUCCGUGCAGGUCCCAACGCAGCAGCAUCGGAGGGUGAAGAGCGUUGACAAAGCCAGCAGGCAAGAAGGCGACGCGCACUUCACGCCACAGCCACCGCGACCGCUGCCCCCGCCGCCGCCGCUGGAGCCGGUCCGGAGCGCCAAGGCCGAGGAGGACAAUAAUAAAUCCAAGAGCAAAGAAGACGAGAAGCGCUCGCCGACACCGCCGCCGGCGCCGAAGCACCGGAAAGCGAUGAGCUGCGACAGCAACGGCAACGGCAACGGCUUCGGCGGCGGCGGCGGCAGCGGGAGGCUGGACGGGAGCGUGGCGGUGGUGAAGCAGUCGGAGGACCCGCUGGGCGACUUCCGGCGGUCGAUGGUGAACAUGAUCGUGGAGAACGGGAUCGUGACGGGGGACGAGCUGCGCGAGCUGCUCCGGCGCUUCCUGGCGCUGAACGCGCCGCGGCACCACGACGCCAUCCUCCGGGCCUUCGCGGAGAUCUGGGACGAGGUGUUCGCCCCCGCCACGGAGCCGGCCGCCAGGCCGACGGCGCCCCGGCAGAGGACGCCGCCCCGCCGCCGGCAACCCCUGCCUCCCCCGGCGUGGCGCGUGUAGUGCCGCAUCACGUACGUACGUGGCCGAUUCCUGCAAUGUAGUACGUAGCUGCUCCUGGUAGAUUGCUUCCAAGAAGAAAUCGUCGGUCUCGGCUGAUAACACGAAUCUACCUGGUGCCCCCUGUUCAUCCAGCACACACUUUUUGGUUUGAAUGUCCACUCACCACUGACACACACUUGUACCACCACCACUUUCCGCUUUCUAGCAUGGGUACGUAGGUUCAAAAUUUCGAUUUUGCGACACGUCUGGCACUGGUAGGGAGGAACCCCGUGAGAGCUGAAUGCCAGGGGGCACGGGCCACGAGACGUUCUAGGGCGCGUCAACCCCG